GCGCACAGCGGCGCAGCUGCGCAGAGACGCGCAGGACACAGAGAGAGCGAGAUUAAAUGCUGGACUGUUGACAUAUUUCAUUUCUGCUCUAAAUAAUCACACGCGUCGCGACUAUGCCGGGGAUGAUGGACAAAGGCUCGGAGUAUCUGGGGAAGGGUCGCUCGAACGGGACGAAAAGCCCGUCUAACGCCUCGAACGGACAUUUUUCCGACGAGAGCGGCAGUGACGACGAGCACGAUGUGGGCAUGCGUGUGGGAUCAGAUUAUCAAGCCAAUAUUCCUGAAUUUGAUCCAGGGUCCACAAAAUACAGUGAUAAAGACAAUGGUGGCAUGUUGGUUUGGUCCCCAUAUCACACAAUAGUUGAUUCGAAAUUGGACGAGUACAUUGCAAUCGCGAAAGAAAAGCAUGGAUACAACGUUGAGCAGGCUCUCGGCAUGCUCUUCUGGCACAAACACAACAUUGAGAAGUCACUCGCUGAUCUCCCAAACUUCACCCCCUUCCCUGAUGAGUGGACGGUGGAGGACAAGGUGUUGUUUGAACAGGCAUUCAGUUUUCAUGGGAAGAGCUUCCAUAGGAUCCAGCAGAUGUUGCCGGACAAAUCUAUAUCCAGCCUCGUGAAGUACUACUAUUCGUGGAAAAAAACACGGUCCCGGACAAGUCUAAUGGACCGGCAAGCGCGAAAGCUGGCGAACCGGAAUAAUCAAGAUGAAAGUGAGGAAGAGAUGGAAGAGGGCAACCCCAUUGAGGCCAAUGACAGUGAUUAUGACCCUACGAAAGAGGCAAAGAAGGAGAGUCAACCAGAGCCUCAGACACUGAGCUCCAAAAUGGGUCUGGGCCGGCGAGAGCACCAGACGCUGCAGCACCGGCACCACAGCCAGCGGUCCAAGUGCCGGCCGCCCAAAGGCAUGUUCCUCACGCAGGAGGACGUGGUGGCGAUCUCCUGCAGCUCCAGCGCCGCCAGCUCAGUCCUGCGGCAGCUCGACAGCGAGCUCGUGUCCCUCAAACGGCAGGUCCAGAAUGCCAAGCAGUUGAACAGCGGACUCAAGCAGAAGAUGGAGGACGGCAUUGAUGAAUUCAGACUGCCUGAGUGCACCCAAAAAAUCAACGCCCGCUGGACAACAGACGAGCAGCUCUUGGCGGUACAAGGAGUACGGAAAUAUGGGAAGGACUUCCAGGCUAUUGCUGACGUCAUAGGGAAUAAAACCGUGGGACAGGUAAAGAAUUUCUUUGUGAACUAUCGGCGGCGGUUUAACCUGGACGAGGUGCUUCAGGAAUGGGAGGCGGAACAGGGCACUCGUACUCCCAACGGAGAUGGAGCCAAUUCUGGUGAGGAUGGGAAACACAGCAACACCUCCUCCGGGAAGAGCACAGAUGAGGAAGAGGAAGAGGGUCAGGUGACCCCGGCCUCGGGCCCGUCUCCUGUAGCCGCGUCCUCCUCCUCAUCCUCCUCUUCAUCAUCUCUGCCGGCCUCGCUCCACCAGCCUCCGCCUCUCCUGCGCCCCUCUCUCCCCGCCACCCCGGCGUUACACCGCCAGCCUCCGCCUCUGCAGCAACAGGCCCGCUUCCUGCAGCCCCGGCCCGCCCUGCACCAGCCCCCGCCACUCAUCCGGCCCUCCGCCCCCCUGCCCCCCCGCCUCAACCCCCGGCCGGCAGCACCCGUCCCGGCGCCGCCGCCGCCCUCUCUGCUGGAGACGCCCUCCUCCUCCUCGCUACACUGACCUGCUCAUACACCUGUGGCGGCGCAGGGGAAGCUAGCCGUUAGCUAGCAGUGCUCGUUGUGAAUACUAGAAAAAGAGGAUUGUUUUAAACUGUAUAUAUUAGUUAUGUAACUGUCUAUUUAUUUGAACUGAUUUUCUUUCUGAUUUUAGGUUUUGUAAUCAUGUCGUAAUCAUGUUGUACUUUAAAGGGAUGGUUCACCCGAAAAUGAAGAAAAUUAGCCCAUGA